AUGCCCCUCCAUCUCCUCCACCACAAGUCCUACCAUGUCUACUCGGCCGAGAAUAUUGCUCGCGUGCGCCGCGAUGAGGCGGAAGCCGCAUCACGUGGGGCAGCGGAGGAUGCGCGGAUGCAGGCCACGGAUGUGGAAGCUCGGAUGAAGCUAUUACGCGAACGAGCUACACGAGGGAAUUCUGCGGUGGAGGGGGAACCAGAACAUGGAACCGAGGAACCGACUGCCCGUAGUGUGGGGGCUCGCGAUCACCGGCCUCGCCCGCCACUGGAGGGCGGAAUCUUGGGCGUGGAUGGACACAUCAACCUCUUCCCAACCCCUGCGGUGCCACGAAGUGGUAACCCGGAAAGGGAUAGGGAGAGGAAAGAGGAGAAGGAACGGGGGGAGGGGGCUAUGGGAAGGGUUGUGGGGGAGAGACUUCCUUGGUACUCAAGUAUUGACCUUGUGUCUGGACAGCAGAGGGAGAAGGAGCAAGAUGGGAGAAAGACGGAGUGGGAGGGGAAGAGAGAAGGGAGGAGGAAAGAGGCAGGGGAUCCGUUGGGGGUCAUAAGGAGGGGGGUUAGAGGGGUGAAGGAGGCGCACAGGGACAGGGAGGAAUGGAAGAGGAGGAGGGGGAUGGAGGUGGAUGGGGUCGGGGCCGGGGGUUGGCGGGGUGGGCAGGAUGAAAGGGCCCAGGGGAAUGAACGAGCUGAUAGGGGUGUGAGAAAUGGCGAUAGAAAGAGAAGGAGUAGAAGCCGCAGCCGGAGCAGGAGUGGUGGUUUAGGUCGACAUGACACAAGCCGCAAGCGGCACUCCCACUCCCACCCAAGUUCCCACUCCCGUAGCCACAGACGCAGACACGACCUCGAUGACCUAAAUCGUCACGACCGCCACCACGACCGCCACAAUUCCCACUCCCGCCAUCCCCGGUCCCACCGGUGCAAGUCAAGAUCGAACACGAGAUCAAGAUUCGAAUCGCCAAACCCGACUCUGGAAUCCCUCCGCGAGGAAAAGUUGCUGCGCGAAUCCACCGAACGUCGAAAGGCCGCCUCUCUUCUAGCAAAGGCCCACGCGGACUCCGAGCCGGGCUGGAAACCGGCCCCUGGCGGUCGGUAUUCUAGUCAAUUCGGGUAUCAGCCUGGGUGAUACAGUAUCUUUCUACGGUUCUCUGGUGGAUAAUGGUCGGUAAUAAAUAAUUAAACAAACAAGCAAGUCCCUCGGGAAUACUGUAGCUUAAUCAAUCCCUUCGUUUGAUGCCGAAUUUCACAGCUUUUUAGCAUGAGAUCUGUGGUGUGAUUAGCAAAAACUAAACACAAUAAAAUAAGCUUAUGACAUGGUGAUUAAGUGAAAUGAGGACUAGGCUGGAUCACAGCUAAUAGGAGGGCAACGGUAGUAGAAGUGGGUUGGAUAGCAUGUAUGAUAACAACCAACUUUAUCAA